AAGAAAAUGCUCAAGACCAUGGGGUUUCAUGAGGAGAUGCUGAGAAGUAUCGUCACAUCAUGGCUAGUUCCCCAAUUUAGACCAGAGAUUACCUCUGAACUGGGCCAAAGUCUUACCAGAAUCCAAGACGUCGGGUUCUUGGGAAUAUCUAAUAACUCAUCCGAGGGACUAAGGCCAUACCGAAUGUUCGAUAUUGCCGACCGCAUGCUUGUUGAUAAUAUUGAUCCAUCAGCACCGUAUUGCAUGGUAUCGCACCGCUGGAAGGACCCAGAAAUCAACCUCGAUCUACUUCGAAAGGCCAGGCAAGACGUCGCUGAAUCUUAUCCAGUUUGGUAUAACCCAGAUCGCAACGAUGUUGAAAUCAUCUUAAAAUACUGUAAAGAGAAAGUAAAGCAGCAGAGAAAAGAUGUCAACGGUUGCGCCGUAAGGAAUAGACUCGAUGAGAAGCUAUCACAGAAGGGCUGCUAUGUCCUAUCCCUUCUCGGCAUGUACCACCAGAGCAGAAAAGUUCACGCCGAAGUCCGUGAAGCACACGCAAAUUUAGAGAAGAUUGUACGCGACCAAAAAGUUACGGAGAUGGAAAACAGAGUAUUCAGAGAUCUCAACAAUAAGGCGAAGUUUGCUGGUGGUACAAAUGCAAACGGAACUUCGACAGUGGAUGCCGACUACUACGAUCACACAACCAACAAUCCCGAUGAGAAUCAUGAAUUUAUCAAAGCGGCUUACGACAGAGUAUUUGACGCAGAUUGGGAAAGGGACAAGCAGUCGGACAACAUAAAAUUCGAUGCCCUCAGUCGGGAUCUCCGCGAGACGGUGGAGGGUAUGAUUCGCUGCUUACGUCUAUGGAGAUCCGCCAUUAAAAUAGAACAGUCUAUUCUGAGAGCUGGAGAAAUUUUUGACCGCGGUCUGCUACCUGGCCAAAAGCAACAAACGUCUUAUGUGUGGCUUGACACCUGCUGCAUUGACAAGAGCAACCAUAACGAGUAUUCUGAAUCAAUGUCUCUUAUGGGAGAUUGGUAUGCGCAAUCUGCAUUUACUCUGGUGCACUUGGAUACUGGGUUCGAUAAGUCACCAAAAGGAUCUGACGCAGAAAUCUAUUGGCAAGAAUUCUUACACACAGACGGCGACCAUGAGAAGUUGGCAUCAAUUCCAAAUCGAGAAUUGGAUCAAGUUCAGAGUUAUAGAGAUAUCGACAAUGAGCCAGAAGUUGAGUGGUCUACGAGAGGAUGGACGCUGCAGGAAUUGGUCAUGAGCAGGAUGACUUAUUACGUCAACGCUGAUUGGCAAUUCCUUCAUCGACCUGUCGAAAAUCUAGGCCGAGCAUAUCAUCUCAUACCCUAUAUUGAUCUAUACACCGAGCCUCUCGAAGUCAAGCCCACUCCAAACUCGUGGAAACCGGAAGUUCUAAUGACUGCAUUAUUGAACUUGGGGGCUGUCAUCCAAAGCGAUGCGCUGAAAGUUGUCUAUCCUAGGAUUGAGAAGGAAUCAGAGGAUGUGGAGAUCGAUGACAGUCAGUCUUUAAAUGCCGAAGAAAGGGUAUUACAUGCGCUUUCUAUCAUCAAAGCUCUCGAGCUGGUGGGAUUCUGCUUCCCCAAAGAUUUAUCCCGCGAGACAGCCAAAUCCGAAAUGGCUCAAGCUGUUUUCUUUGGCGCCGUGGGGCUCAUUGAAUGCUACGACGAAACUCGGUACCCCAUUAUUGUCCAGCGAAUGCUAAGAAAACAUUGCGCCAUUGACGAAAUGCAAAAUACUGAAGAAAAAGAAGAGGCAUUAUCCAAGACGCUUGCAUACAUCUUGCAUGUGCUUGUCGACCUAGUGAAGCCUCUGAUCCAGGAAGAUCGACAGUACAUUGCUGACUUUGGCAACAUCACACUCCUUGAUUCAUGGAUUGAAGGUACGCAGAGAUACGGUUUCACCACCCAAGAGGUCAUGACUUUGGCAUGUGAGCGAAAGACCACAAAGUCGUUUGAUCGUGCAUACUCAUUAAUGGGUAUCUUGGGGGUCCGGUUUCCCACUUUUUCCGCGGAGGGAUAUGAGAAAGCACUAUGCCGACUCCUCGAUGAAACAAUCACUAUCCAUAAUGAUGUCUCUAUCUUUAACUGGACCGGUUACAAUAAAGGAAGUUCGAUGCGCGGUCGCUCGAUGUAUCCAUCAACGCAAGAGGCGUAUAAGGCUAAAGGCGGCAAGCUGCAUAGCCGCAACUCCUUUUCAGAAGUCGAGGAAGACAAGAUGCUGAGAACAACGAGCGCUUAUCAUGCUGUUGUCGCACUUUUGCGUGAUAUAAUCGAUUUUCUCAAAAAGAAUACCCCGUCUAAACAGGAAGUUGAAUGGAUUCAAGACAUCGCUAAAAUUGUUAAAAAUUUUAAACUGGACAAAUUCAAAAUACCGGCAGUUGAUCACGCAAAGACAGAGAAACUUCGGAGUCACGCCAGUAUCCACAGCAGAGCAGAGGCGGUACCAUUUGAGAUUGAGAUUAUUAGCAAAUUUAUCGGGUACAUUAUUCACCCUUCUGCUAGGCCAGCAUCUAACCAAAACGUCGAAUUGCAAAGCGUCAUGAUGAGAAACCUCACCUCACAAAUCUCCAUCAACCCAAACCCCGAACCGGAGUCUGCUAUGCCUACUCGUGUGUCGAGAGAUGAUACGGAACCGGUUGAACAACCUGUCUCUCCAAUUACAAACCAAGACCUUGCGCCUGGCAAAUCACAAAAUGGAGAUGAGGCUGUAAAUCCAGACGACGAUAUCACCAGAUAUCUUCAAAAUUGGGCUACGAAGCUUUGCGAUGGGACCAAAGUAGAUGAAAAUGCUCUUAAAGAACAACUGCCAGGCAAAAUACAGGGGAUAAAGUACAAGAUUGAGGAGCAGCAACAGCAGCAAGAGAACCUCAUCAAUAAGAUGUCAUAUUUCGGAUCCUCGAAUAUGGUCUCGCCACAUCCUAUCAUAGUUACUAAUGCAGGCAUUGAGGGCAUAUUCGACGUUCAACGUGUUAUCAUCACAAUGGCAGAUAUUGACGGCCUGCGGCAACAAGUCGCGCAUACGACAAGUACAGAGCAAGUGAUAUCCGGCUACUGCUCAAUUAGCACCGGUUUUGCCCAAGUUAUUGUGCGAUUCUCUUGCAAGAGUGGUCUGUUGAGAAAACAGCUGGAGGUCAUCGAUGGCAUUGACUUUAACGUGAUCAAAGAGAAGAGCAAAAAGGUAGAUAAAAAGCGGGAACACAAAACAACCAGCAAGAAAGGCAAAGAUGAAGCAAAUAACGGCACAGAAAGUGACUUGCUUGUUUCGGAGAGUCUUGAUGAUGCUGAUAACAAGAAUGAAACUGAGAAUGAGGUCUUGGAAGGUCAACAAAUUCGCGACACAGAUGAAGAGGGGACAAUCAACCGGAUGAUCAAGUUUAUCCAGGAGGAUGACUUGCGACUCGUGGCAGGCGAGUGGGUGCUCGCACGAUGUUCAGGCGUGGCAGACGCGAACUGGUUUCUCUGCUAUCUUGAGUUGGGCUCGACACACCCGUUUUAUGGUUACCGCAUCCCAACGAGCGAGAUUGACUUUGAGAAUUGCAUCCCAGAAGAUGGGCUGGUACUAGCAUGGAACCAGUACAUGAACCGAAAGAAGGAGGAAAUGUGCAAGAUCUUGACGAUUUUGCUCAAAUCAAAGGAGCGUAAGCUCAAGAGGAGAAGGCUGCUUCAUUCUCAAGAUUCGGCGAUGAGCGUACCACAAGACGACAUGUGGUCAGCUCCAUUAGAUCCGCAAUCUCAAUUCACAGCUUCGAGCUUUGAGACACAAUACGUGUUGCCUAACCAAGAGCUUCGUCCUGAGGACUCGGUGUCAAAUAUUGGAGACCAAGACUCAAGGCCAAGCCAACAACCCCCGACGCUCCGUGGCUCUACAGCAGCCUCGAAAGAGGGCGAAGACGAGGAUGAGAAAUCUCACUUUUGGGACUAUCUGCCGUUUAUAGAAAAGGUUGCCGAGACGAAGGCGAAGCAUUUUGACAAGCACUUGAGCGCAACGGCGUUGAAGAACACGCCUCCGGUGCUUCGGCAGGCGAUUGAGAAUUUGAACGAUAACAGGGAUUUUUUGCCGGCCAUGUUUCACUCUGCAAAGAAGAUUCAUAUGUUUUAG